CCCGGCAAGGGCGACUGUCGCGGCCCCGGCGUGCACGGGUCCCCGAACCCACCCUCGGUGCCCGCCGUGGGUCCGAAAGGGAUCCUGCAAAAAUGAGCCAUUCUCACCCCGCUGGAUUACUUGCUGCGUAUAAUAGUCUCACGGAUAAACACCUGGCUGGAUAUUUUAACAAUACAAGGAUAAGGCGGCAUCUCUUAAGAUCAGGGCUGAUCACAAGAAAUGGAAGAAUACUUUCUGAAAAGGAAUACAAACUAAAUAUCAUGAAGAAGGAUCACCAAAAAUAUAUCCGGGAGUGCUUAGCCCAGGCUAUUUUCCAUAAGGUUCUUGAUAUGGAGCGUUACCAUCAGCUUGAAAUUAAAAAGAAACUGGAGACCUUAGCUAGGAAGGAGCGAAUUCAGAGAUUUAAGGGAGAGCACACAAGAUGGACUAUAGAAAAUAACAUACCCCUCCUGUCUCCCCGCCCCCCCGUUGGCCCCAAGACUAACCGUGGCCAUAGUGUUCUGGUUGAUGAAGGGCAUUCCAGUCCAGUAACACCGACAGCCCCUCGACCAUACACUGCUCCCGGAAAUAUGCAGCCUCCAAUUCGAUUACAACCUCUUCCCAGUAAUCCUGCAGUACGAACUGUUCCAAAGAUAACUUUGGGAUCCAGAUCAAAAACCUCAUUGCUGGAAACUGAAACUCCAUUUCCCAUUGGGGGCAAGAAGGCAAUGAUGAAGUUCAGGAACUCCAUGGACAAUUCACAGGAAAUGAAUCGAUACCAAUUUCCAAGCAUUAACCGUUAUAUUAUGCCUAUUCCUCCUCCACUUCCUCCCACCAGUGGAAAAAUCACAAAAGAAAAUAGACCUGAAACAUGGAGAAGGAGAAGAUUUCGCCCAACCACUGCUCCAAAUGGCUUAGAACCUGCUUUUACCAAGGAUUCAAGAAGGAUUCAUAAAACACCACUGCGUAGUAAUGCAGCUAUUACAAUGAUCUAUUUGGGGAAAAAUGUGCACCUAGCUUAUGAUCACCCAGAUUUCCGGGAUGAAAUAAAAGUUUAUCAACAGCACUGUGGUGGAGAAAACCUAUGUGUCUACACAGGCAAGCUACUUGAAAAAGAGACCUUUCAGUUUAUUUCCAAGAGGCACCAAGGUUUCCCCUUCAGCCUCACCUUUUUCCUGAAUGGGAUACAGGUGAACAGGUUAAGCUCCUGCUGUGAAUAUAAGCAUCGAAAAGGUUCCAGACUUGGAGGCAAAAGAGGCUACUUCGGGUUUGUGUGUGUCGAGAGAUCAUCUCCUUGUUACAAGUGCAUUAUUGCAAUGGGCCUUGACAAGAAAACAACUUCUCCAAAACCCAGGAAAGAAAAGAACACUGAGAAAAAAGAGGGACAGAAGAAGGGUGAGGGGAAACUGAGGAAGGAUAGAGAGUACCUGAUACCAAGAAGGAGAGAUAUGGAAGGGAGCAAAGCCUCAGCUUCAGUUGUUUUUUCAGCUCAAGAACUACAUGCAGGGCUCAGUGAAGUGAGAACUGCUGUCGAAGAAAUGGAAUGUAAAGAAAAACCAGGGCAAGAUGUCUGGGAAGAUGACCAAGGAAACAUAUUUAAAUAUGAAUAUGAAGAAGAUUUUGAAGCAGAUGAGGAGAAACAAGAUGGGAAAGCUAAUGAAGAAGGACAGGCUGAUGAUCAAAUGAAUGAAACGUCAAAGUCACCCUCAGAUGAUGAAAAAGAUCAUUUAGACCCUGAAAGGGAAAGUGAAACUUCUUUGUGGAAGGCACCAGAUGCUGAUGACAAUGUGAAAGAUGAGGGUGAUGGAUGCUCGGAGAGUGAACUAGAAGAUGAUAAACAAGAUGGAAAAACUGUUUCAUCAACCUCAUCCAGAAGUCACCCAUAUUCUAGUUCUAGUGAAGAUGAAUCUGCACUGGGGGACCAGGAGACCCACGCUGAAAACAGUCCAAAUGAAAGUGUCAGAAGUUCAUCUUCUCAAGAGUUGAGUGAAAGUGAUAAGCCAGGAAAAACCCACCUUCCAACUGAGAAUUCUCCAGAAAUUGAAGAACAAGAAAUAAUAGAAACAGAUGUGGAGAUCAAGCCUCUGCUGAUAGAGGAAAAUUUGGAGAAUGUCCUUGAACAAGAAGCAGAGAAAAGAACUGGAGUGAUUGCAGAGAGCUUAUUUGAGAAGUCCAGGGAACAUGUUUCCAAGGAAGAAAAGGAAAAGAGUAAGAGUAAGCUUUGGGAAGAAAGCACUGCUAAGGUGAAGGAUAAAAAGGCAGGUUCCCAUAGGGUGGAUAAAGGUGUUGAACAGGCAGUAGCUGAAGCUGUGGGAUCUAGUCUCCACUGCCACUAUGACUCCGAGUCUGGUGUUAGCAGCACAGACGAAGGAGAGAAGCUCUCAAGGAAGCUGGAGGCUGACACAGGUGCAGCACUGGAUAGGAAUCUAGUGGUGGAGGAAAGGACUGCACUCAGCUCAAACAAGAAAUCCAAGCAAGUUGCAUCAGAAGAGCAUACCCUGGAGAAGAAAGAAGCAGUGGAGGAAGGUGAAGGUCCCCAACCCAGGGAUGCUGACACAGAAGAAAAAGGGGAUGCAGCACUGUGGGGAAAAGCUGAGGUUAAUGAGGUUCCCUCAGGGCAGGGGAAGCCAAAAGCAGAACAGCUGGCAUCGGUAGGACAGUUUACAGAGGAAAGAGAGCUCUCUCAGGGCAUAGCAGUUGGGGCAGAGGCAGAAGCAGAAGGGGAUAGAAGGCAGGAUAAAGAAGGGUUAGGCACCAGAGAAGAAGCAGCAGCAAGAGACUCUGGAGGUCUGAAUGAAGGUGAGGCUGCUGAGUCACGGGUCUUGAUGCAGACAGUGCUGGAGACGGAGAAGGCAGCUUGUGAAGGUGGGCAGGCUUCAGAGAGGGCACUGCUGGCAAGUCAGGCAGCAGCUCUGAACUCAGGGUGUGCUCAGGAGACAGCGGCCCUAAGAGAGGCAGUGAGGCCAGAGAAGGGAAAGUCCGAGAGCGCGGCCGUGAGCGCGGCUGGGUCUGCAAAGCCUGGCGUGGAGGCCAGUGAAGAGGAAGCAUGUACAGACCUAGAAGACAGGGGACCCAUGGAAGAUGCCACAUCUGAGCGAGAGGAGGGUUUAGAAGAGGCAAUGCUGGGGCGAGAAGAGUCGACCAAAGAGAGAGAGGCAGUCACGGGAAUGGAAACACCUUUGAGCUCCUCCACUUCUGAGAAGGUUGAGGCUACUCAGAUGGGGAGUUCAGUGGACAGCCUGGAAGGACUUCAUAAGGACCAGGUGGAUGAAGAGGAGGUGGUGACGGAGUCAGAGUCUAAUAAAGAUGAUGCUAGGAAAGAAAUGUUACCUGAGGAAUUAGACUCAGAAAAGAGAGAGAGGAGGAAAGCUGAGAGGUCAAAAACACCUCUGGGGGAAACUGAAUCUGAGAGAGAAGAGGUGACAAGGGCAAAGGUGCUUCAGGAUGAAGACACUUUAGAAGAGGAACAACAUCUUAAAGGGAAAGAGGGGGAACCUGUGCAGGAAGAAAGACCAGAGGAAGAGACACAAGCCUCCCCAAAUGAAAUGGAGCAUGAUGCUGAGGAUGGAGCAGCCAUGGGGGCAUCUGAAGUGACUGAAGACACAGGGCAACAGAGAGAGGACUCAUUGAGAGACAGGGAGGUGGAUGUGUUUGAAGCGGCCCCUGGGUUUGAGAAGUCCCUAGAAAACAGAGCGGUUUGGGGGAAAGGAGAAGGAGGGGAAAGACUGAGAGAUGCUGGAACCGCAGAGCACAGAGGCUCAGCAGGGCUGGUCUUUGGUGAGAAUGUGGCCCACGAAGAGCAGGAAGAGGGGUCCACUCCUGCAGAAGAGGCGGUGUCAGGAGCUCCCGAAACCAAGUCCACAGGGAGGGCGCAGACUCCCAGAGAUGCAGGCGAGGCCCAGGGGUCUGCAACCAAAGAUCAAGACAUGGUUGCCAGCCAGGAGGGGAGGAAUAAAGACGGGCCUUUACAGGGGCCAGAGGGAGUAGCUGUCACAGCCUUGACCCAAGAUGUUCCCGAGGGAGAUUCCAUGAUGGCAGGAAAACUCAGUGAUAUGAUAGAUGAGGACGCAGAGGAGGAGGUGCCUGAAGAGUGCACACUGGGGACAGGAGUGAUGAAGAAUGGGGACCCUAAGGGGGACGGAAGCGCGCAUGGCGUGGUUAUGACUGUGGAAGAUCCCCAUCAAGGAGGAGGAGCCUCAGAAGAAGCUGCAGAGAGGGAGGACGAUUCUGCUGAGGGGAAAAUAGAAGCAAAUAAAGGCUCCUCCUUUUCAGAUGGCGCUGGGGAGGAAGCCUGGCACACAGUGGAUGAGAUGCCAGGAGAAACAGCAGUUGCGGAGAAGGUGGCUGUAGAGGGUAUAGUGCUGAGCGGGGAGGAUGUGCCAGUGGCCGAGGAGAUGACUGCGAUUUCGGCACUGGAGGCUGAGGCUCCUGGGGAACCUUCUAACCUGGAAGGGAAGGCCCCAAAGCCAGGGCCAGCUGGGGAGGCAAAGAAAGCUGAAACCACCCUGGGGGCUGAGUCUGAGUCGGUGGGAGAGGAGGCAGGGAUGGGGAGUCCUGAUGGGGAGCAGGAGUCAGGGGAAGCUGAAGAAUUUAGACUGGAAUUAUCCCAAGAGAGCGGGUCAGAGGCCAGGAGAGAGAGUCCACAGGAUGCAGAAACACUCCCUGAAAAGCCCAACUGCAGGGGAAUCCAAGAGAAGCAAGAGCUUUCAGUGCAAAGAGGAAGUGAGGACCUGGAUGUUUUCUUGAGUCCGAGGAAGGCCUAACAGACUUCAUGGCUGAUGGAUAUUAUCAAGAUGUCUUCCAGAAGAUUUGGAGUGGAGGAGAAGGAUUCACCCGAAUAUCUCACCAGGACUUUUUUUUUUAAAUCCCUGUGCUUGUCUGAGCGAUUCCCAAUCUGCCAGCUGGUCUGUAGCACCUCAAGCACCUUGAGAAGAGGUGCUCAGCUCCUUCCCAGGGUGCUGGUUUCUGAUGGAGGACUGGAAGGCUCUUACCUAGUUCUACACAGUUAACAUGUCCAUAUUCAAAUCAAACUGAUCAUUUUCAAAUGCUUGACUUUUACCAAAGAUUACCAGAAAGGCCCAGUCUUGAUAUCUGGGGUUUCUUUAAAUUCCUAUUUAUUUAUAAUCACAUCUUAGUCCCAGCUUCAUACAUGAGCAUUUGAUUUAAGAUCUUCGGCUUUGUCUGGGAAAAUUAGCUCUAAACAUUCUUUCAGGUACCUUCAGUGCUAAAGAUUGCUCCAGACCUUUAAGUCCUUCCAGAAAAGGGUUCCAUGGCAUGUCUAUUUACUUAUAAAUAGUCAUGCUUUCCAUUUAUGCCAGAUCAGUAAUUUAAAGUCUAAAUCUUAUUUCAAAAUGCCCUUUCUUUUUGCAUGUUUCUAUAGUCUUGCUUUCCGAGGUGAACAGGUAAAUGCGUGUGGCAUUUAUCCUUGGGGGACUUCUUUAUAAGGCCACUCAAAUUAAAUUAAUGUAGUAAAUAAUUUAGCUGAGUAAAAUGAGUAGCAAUCAUUACAGCAGGUAAACAUUGCACAUCAGCCUGUAUGCCAGCAUUCUAGACUCUAGACUGUCAUUCAGUGGAAAAGAAACUGGAUUAAAUUAGCAUGCUGCUCACCUUCCCAGGUUCUGUUAUUUCAAACCUGUGAACUAACCCUGCAGUGCAUUGCAAAUCAACGGUCAUGACUGCUUUCUGAAUUACCCCUGCCCCCAUAUCACUAGAAAUAGUUGUGUAGCUGUGUCUCUUGGGGAGUUCAAUUUCCCUGUGACAUCUCUGUUCAUACACCAGUGUCCCGAAGGGCACAUAUGUUUGGCUAUCUUUUCAUUAUGUAAGGAGGUGAAAGAAGAUGCCCUGAAGCAGUGAUUCUCCAGUUACACUACACAUUAGACUUUCAUGGGGCACUUUCAUGAAUGAAUCAACCCUUGAUCCUACCCCAGGGAUUCAGAUCUAAUUAGUUUUAGAUGGGUGUAGGCAUUAGUUUUUUGUUUUGUUGUUUUAAUUUUUCAGUUGAUUUUACUAUGUAGAAAAAGUUGAGAAUUGCUGCCCUAAUCAUUAUACAGUCCACACUGGUUGCCCUAUGUCCCUAAAAAUCAGGCAUACUAUCUUUAUUAUUUUUUUUUUAUCUUUAGAAGUGUGUUUCAUUUUAAUAAAGGAGUCAUUCAGUGAUCAAAGGUAUUAAUAUAAUGGACCAGUGGUUCGCAAAACAUGGCCUUGAUCAGGAUAUCAGCAUCACCUAGAACUGUUCCAAAUACAAAUUCCUGCCUUCAUCUCAUACCUGUUAAAUUGGAAACUCUGUGGGUGGGGCAGAGCAAUUGGUGUUUUAACAAGCCCUCUGGGUAAUUCUGAGGUACACUAUAGUCUGAAAACUGCUGUCAUGGACUAUUGAUUGUAUUGAAGAUUAGUCUCAGUUGGAAAAUGGAUUGCAGAAGUAUUGUGAACUUUGUCUCUCUUUCUGUCUCUUCUACCCUCUGUGUCUCUUCUCUGUUUUCACUUGAGGAAAUGAUGGUCACUGUAAAAGUGAUGACCUCAACUUUAAACUCAUUUUUAUUAUGACUGUAAUGAUAUAUAUGUGAAACUCUUCAGCCCCACCCCCUUUUAAGGAUGAACAUUACUCAUGGCACAUCAUAGAUCUCCACUGUCUUACAUUAUAAAAUAGCUUUCCUCUCCAUUAUAUCCAAUUUCAUUUAUUACUGAGCUGCAUUAGUGUGGAGUUAUACAGUAUUUUUUCUUUGAUCUCAACCUCAUUGCUACAGAGCACUUUGAAUACAUAGCACCUUAUGGGAGAGAUUAUGAACUUGUUAAUUCCAUUGAAGAAUUCAUUUUGUACAAUGUGCUAAGUGGAAAUUGCAUUGGAUUAUUUUAUAUUUAACACAUUCCAUCAAAACACAUUCUGUAAAAUUAUACUACAAUCUGCAUGUGGGUUUAACUGUGAAAUUCAGUGUUGUGAUAUUUCAAUGAAGUGAAUUCUUUCUCUGAAAAUACUAUGUUGAUAAAAUUAUUUAUGUGUUCAA